AUGAGUACCAUUACAGAAGAUGAAGAGAGAGGUCUUCGGUUACACAAAUUGUUAGACGAGUCACUCAACACACUUCGAGAAUAUCUUACAGCUCCCUUUAAAACUGGACCAUUGACAUUUCAAGAUGUUCUCAGGAAAGAAGAGAAGAAUCUACGAUCUAAAUUACUUCCAUAUCAAGUUAAAUCUCUCUUGGCAGCUUUGCUCAGAUUUGUGAGAAAAAUACCAAAACCAAAAACGGGAUGGCAUAAUCCACCGUUAAACACUGAUAAAUCGGAUUCCGCUCAUAUUGUUCGAAUACAGCUUAGCAGAAAUAAACUAAUGCACAAUCGAUUGAAGAAAACGGAUGUUGAAUAUCAUGACUUCCUAAACGACAUUGGUAAUUCAAUGGUCGCCUUAGGUUGUGACCUGAAGUUUGUGAAAAAGAUCAUUAACAUGCCCCUUGAUAACAAUACUUCAGCAUUGCUGAAACUAAAAGAGAAAGAUUUAGAAAAGUCAAAUGAAAAAGUUUUAGAGCUUGCAAAAGCCCUCCUUGAUUUUGAGACUCCGUUCAAAGGCGGUAUUUCUUUCGGAGUGGUGUCGCUAAUUCCUUCUUUUACAGGAAGAAAGCUGGAUGUAGUGAAGCUACAUUCCAUGUUAUCAUCAGAUUCUAGAAUCCCGACUGUUAUAACUGGAUUACCAGGCACAGGAAAAACUUCUCUUGCGCUUUUUUAUUGUUACGAAUAUUCAGAGAGUUAUGAUAAUAACAUUAUAUGGUUAAACGCAAAUGGAAUUGAAGCUUUAAAAACAUCAGUUGCUGGUCUAGCAAGACAUUUGAAACUUUUAGAUCACGAGCAGUCUUUUGAUGUUAAACUUUUGUUAGCAGAAAUAUUCGACAAAUUUUUAGACAGAAAAAUAUUGUUUGUAUUCGAUAACGCUGACGAACAUGAAACGAUUUUGGAUGUGUUACCUAAAUCGUUUUCAUCGCCUGCAUCGAAUUCGACUAUCCUGAUCACGUCAAGAUUGUCUAAAUGGGGACAAAGAGUGAAUGAAAUGAGCCUCACAACGUUAACAAAAGAAGAAUCUACAGAGCUCAUUCGCAAUUACUUGCCUAAAGAACUCAUCGAAGAUAACGAUAACUUAAACGAACUGUAUGAAUUGUUAGAAGGUUUUCCAUUAGCUCUGCAGCAAAGCAUAAACUUUAUGAAACAUCAUGUUAUCACAACCAAGGAGUAUAUUAAGAAAUUUAAAGAACAACAACAAGCACAUAGAUUGUUGUCAUUUGCUUCUGAUGAUGUUAUGUACAAACACAACUUCUACAGUGCCAUCAUGAUGACGUUGAACUCUCUUGAACAGUGUGAGAAUAACAUUGUAAAUGAUCUCAUGGGAAUACUAUCUUUCAUGGACGGUCUAAAAAUUGAAAAGCAAUUAUUUAAUUUGUUUGAUUGUUACAGUAUUGAAGACAUAGAAGAUGCCAUGAAGUCAUUGGAGCAGUUCUCACUUAUCCAAAUUCAUCGCAAUUAUCUUACACGAGAAUGCUACAUAACUGUUCAUGGUUUGGUACAGCGAGUUGUUCGAGAAUUAUCUAAAAUUUUGGCUAAAAGUGAUCAAUUCCUGGAAGUACUUUUCAAUGCAUUUCAAUGUAUAAUUGACGAAAAAGAAAAUGUGGAACAUGUUAAUUUUGGAUCCCUAUGGCUGCAUCACAUCAUUCAAAUAUUUCACACAUCAAAAGAUGACAUUGUAGUGCGAAAUUUCCUUGCUCGUUUAAAGUAUUGUUUUGCGGCUGCUUUGACCAAUGUUGGCAAUGAUGAUAUAGCUUUAGACUUUCUGCAAUGUAUUAUUCAAGAUCAACACGAACCAAACCAAACUACUUUCGAUACCUUGAAUUUGAUUUUUGUGUCCUUGAUUAACCUAAGGAAAUGGAGAGAAGCGUUAGAUAUUUGCUUCCAGAUGAAAGAAAUUACCAGUGCUAUACCAGGUACAAAGCUGUCAAAUGCUACUGAUGUCCAACAUCACAUUGCGUUUUGCUAUUCACGUCUUGGCCGCAAUGAAGAGGCUCUAAACGCAUAUGAAGAUUUAAGAUUAAAAGACAAAACUCCUAUUUUUAACCAAUCAAAACUUACAACAGAUAUAAACAUAGCAAUAGAAUAUUAUAAUCUAGCAAACAACGAAAGAGCUCUGGCCGUGAUUGACAAUGCUAUUCAACUAUAUGGGAAAUCCCAUCCUACAAAAGCAGCCGUUUAUUUCUUAGCACAUCGAAAUAAAUCUAUAUUUCUUAUUAGACUAGGUAAGCACGAAGAAGCAAUAGAUAUGCUACAUAAUUUAUUGCCAGAAUGCAUCAAAACACUUGGUGAUCACCAUCAAGAAACAUUAAAUGUGAUCGAUAUCGCAGAAUGUUUUUGCCUGAAAGGAAAUUAUUCUCUUGCUAUUAAAGAAUACAGUGACAUUCUAAAGGUUAGAAUAGAAUUGCAUGGAGAGGAUCAUACUGAUGUCAGACAUACCAAACUUGAACUUGCAAAAACAUAUUAUUUUAAAGGAAAUUAUAGAAAAGCUUUACAUCUUUAUAUGGAUGUGAAAGAAACGCUGACAAAGUAUGAAUAUGUUGACAAUUGCAUAGCCAAUUGCCUGCUGCAACUGGGAGAGUACAAAGAAGCCUACGAAUUGUACGUGAAAGUCGAGAAAUUAAGUGCAUGCAGAAAGUCAAUAGCUAAUUUAACACACAAACUCAACAUUGGCAUUUGCUUGCAGCAUAUGGGUCAUUACAAAGAAGCUCAUGUUAUAUACGACAAUGUCUAUCAACAAUACCUAGUCACUCAUGGCGAAGUUAAACCAGAAACAGUUAUCCCUAAAUUUCGUUUUGCAAGUUGUCUUGUUGACUGUAGCAAGUAUCAAGAUGCAAUUCACCUGCUGAUUACCAUAACAGAUUCCAAAUGUUACCAACCUGAUGACAUCUAUAAACUGAGAGCUUAUUAUGAGCUUGCGAGAAGCUAUUUCUACCUUGGUAAAACGAAAGAAGCUAUAGAUAAUAUUAAUGAAGUACUGAGGAUUGGUUCUGAAUUAGAGGAAUGUCAUGUUUUGAAAGUGAAGUCAAAGAUUCUGCACGCAGAGUGUCUAUUGAUCAAUGACUUGGAAAAAAACGAAAUUGAACAAGUUUACGACACAUUAACGAAAGCGAUGCAGAAUGCUUCUGAACUUGGCGACAGUCACCCAUUAUUACUGCUAGCAAAGGUCGUCGUUUCAAAAACUCUUUAUAAGCGUGAAAAAAUAAGCGAAGGUCUCGAGAUUUUACGAGACGUUAGAUCCCUUCAAACAUCUGUUCUUAGACCCGAUCACCCUCAUACUUUAAAAACUUUAUAUAAUAUUGCAAUGUUUUCUUUGGACAUUCAGGAAAGAAAACGAAAGCUGGAAGAAAUUUUGAAGCUUCAAAGAGAGAUUUUAGGUGAGCUACAGUAUGAUACAAUUGAAACUGAAAAACAAAUUGCAAAUUGUUUCCACCGAGAAGGAAAACAUGAGAAGGCGCUUAAUUUAUAUAAAAAUUUGCUUGUAAAACAAGAAUCUGUUCUUGGAAAACUCCACAGGGAGACUAUUCAAACUCAAGAAUCAUGCGAACAUGUACGCAGCUGCCCAAGCCAUUACCCCUUCUAUUUUCAACUGUUCCAAGGUCACGUGACGCAAGAUCCCUUCUUUAGUAUAUUUCAUAUCACGUUAUCUCGACCUUUUCUAAUUUUGCCCAAAAAAGCGCUAAAAUUUAUACUCGCCAAAAUUUAUGCCAAUAAGUCAGACAACUUUAACUCCAUCUCACGCCGUCCAUCUGUGUCGAUGGAAGGAAAGCUCCGUGGAAAAGAGAGGGAGCUUGGUCAGCUUUUUUUAGAGAAAUAA